ACAGGCCAGUUCUCGCGAGAACAAGAUCAACCUCCGAGAAGACCGUUGCCAAGUAGGGAAGGAGGCGAAGGGGAAGGCGCCGGGUCACGUGCCCCUGACGUCCUGCCCAAUCAGGGCGCCGGAGCGCGAAGGACUCCCGAACUCCCGCCAAAUACAAGCGCGGAGGGAAGUAAAAGGCGGACGGCGAGCGAGGAGGGUCAAAAAGCGAAGCGAAUUUAAAUAAAGGAGUACUCUGCACUGAAGAAAAGGAGGGAAGGAAAGGGAAGCGGGGAAAGAGCCGCAGAGGGAAGCCGGGUUAUAUGAGGGGAGGAGGAGGAGCCAGGCUUCCCGCCCUUCUCGCCGGUCCAUCUGUCAGCGGAGCCCCCCUUCCUCUUCCUACGCCUCCUCAUCCCUCUUUUUCCCUCGGUCUCCCCGGCAGCAAUGGAGUGUCGAGACAAAUUGGCGGCUCCUGCCCGGAAACUAAUACAAGCUCGACUGCCUUUCAAACGUCUGAAUCCUGUGCCGAAGGAGAAACCCGACGCAAACCCCGGAGUCAAGAAAGCCAGGAGCUCCUCGAACGCCCUUGAUCAAAAUACCCCUUGCCUUGAUUUGUCACAUCCCUUACCAGACAAUGCGGAGAACACCGAAACCCGGUUCCUCCCGAAACUUAUUAACGGCAAAGGCCCGCUGGAUGUCUUUGUGCAGAAAGGCACCAAAAGCGAGGCAAGCAGCCAGCCUUUGCUCCUAAUAGACUUGACGGAGGAUUCGUGCCACGGACUGGGUGGUCAUGUAGACUGCAGCGCGUCUGGCGAUGGAGCAGAGAAAGCUCUCGAGGAGGUAGCAAACCAGGCUAGCGCACAAAAAAACCCUUGUUCUGCCCACGGGGAUAUUCAGAUGGAGGUUCCUUCAGCUCCAAAAGAUAAGGAUGAUCUGUCAAGUGCGACGGCGCCUGAGGUGGCAAGCGGCAGCGCGAAGAAGAGCACCCUCAAGAACGUCAUUUUUGAGCGGAAAAUGCCUGUCGUUGUUCUGGAGGAUAUCAUGACAGCUAGGUCUCCCCAGGCUUUGCCUUUGGACAGGAGCCUAGCGUCUGCGAAUGAGACAGUCGAGUCUUGUCCCGAAGAGGACACGGCGUGUACCAAUUCUUCCCUAAGCUCCCUCUCUCUUGCCAGCUCCCCAGAGUCUCUCUCCGCACGGAAGGACAGCGUUAGCCCCUUGGCAGCUUCCACGCCUGUUCGAAAGUUUCAGGCAUCGCAGAAGAUCCACCAGAAUACUGAGGAGAAGGAGAAACUGAGGCUGCAGAAGGACCAAGAACGUGCUGAGAAAGGGAGGCUGAAAGAGGAGGCCAGGGCUACGAAAGAGCGUGCCCGGGAGGAGGCGAGGAGGAAGAAGGAGGAAGAGAAGGAGCUGAAGGAGAAGGAAAGGAGGGAGAAGAAGGAGAAAGACGAGAAGGAGAAGGCGGAAAAGCUACGCGUGAAGGAGGAAAAACGGAAAGAGAAGCAGGAGGCUUUGGAGGCAAAGCUAGAAGAGAAAAGGAAGAAAGAAGAGGAAAAGCGGUUGAAAGAAGAGGAGAAACGGUUGAAAGAAGAGGAAAAGCGCAUCAAAGCAGAAAAGUCAGAAAUCACCCGGUUCUUUCAGAAACCAAAGACUCCGCCUGCACCGAAGACUCUUGCUGGCUGGUGUGGGAAGUUUGCUCCCUUUGAAAUCAAAGAGAACAUGGUCCUUGCCCCUCUCUGCCGUGUGGCAGCCGAUCAGGAUCUCUUGGACCAGUUAGACUGGCUUCUGCAAGGCCAGGACUGCAGCACCUCUUUCUUGGAAGAACUGAAGAGCCGAGAGCCUUGCAAAUCAGGUCCCACGCUUGUCUCCAACCGCAGCUUCGAUGAUGCCAACAGUGACGUGGUCAUUGUGGGAAGCAGCCAAGCAGGAGAUGUGCCAGAAAGGAAAAAGUUUGGCAGGAUGAAACUCCUGCAGUUCUGCGAGAAUCACCGCCCUGCCUACUGGGGCACGUGGAAUAGGAAAACCUCAGUGAUCAGCCCAAGAAACCCGUGGUCAAAGGAUGAGAAGCUCCUGGACUACGAAGUGGAGAGUGAUGAAGAGUGGGAAGAGGAGGAACCAGGAGAGUCCCUCUCUCAUAGUGAAGGGGAUGAUGAUGAAGAUGGUGGAGAGGAGGAGGAUGAAGAUGAUGGCUUCUUUGUGCCCCAUGGGUACCUCUCAGAGGAUGAAGGUGUGACUGAAGAAUGUGACCCUGAGAACCACAAAGCUCGCCAAAAGCUGAAGGCCAAGGAGUGGGAUGAGCUGAUCACCAAGGGAAAGAGGUUCCGCAUCUUACAGCCAGUGAAGAUUGGCUGCAUUUGGGAAGGGACUGAGAAUGGCGACAGUACAAGCCCAGAUGUGAGGCUCCUCCAGCAGUUUGCAGUGGUUGUCCUGGAUUCAAGCAUUGCUGACGAAGAACAGAUAGAGAAGAACAACAAAAAGGAAGCGAAAAACCAACAAAUCUUGGAACAGCUACUGCCUCUGCUUCAUGGGAAUGUGAAUGGGAGCAAAGUGAUCAUUCAGGAAUUCCAGGAGUGUUGUCGCAUGGGCUUGCUGUUGGGCAACAACUGCUCUGUCUCCACGAUGGGAAGUGGAGGUAGUAGCCCCACAAGCCCUGACGCCCCCCCAGCACAGACUUCUAUCCACGAAGGAAACACCGUCCCUUCCAAAGCCAGGCUGAAGAGGAUAAUCUCUGAGAACUCUGUGUAUGAGAAGAGGCCCGACCACCGGAUGUGUUGGUACGUUCACCCGGAGGUGCUGAAGACUUACGGCCAGGAGCACCUCCCUGUCCCCUGCCAGUGGAACUAUGUCACGCAGGUCCCUUCAGUAACCAAGGAAGAGAGCGGCAACUCACCUGGAGGGGCAGCGGCAACGCAGACUGCUCUGGUCUCAGCCAAGCGGAAAGCGACUGGAAGCAUGUCCAUCACCAAAUUCAUGAAGAAGACUCCAGGUGCUGGGCAGGCUGAAACCACAGAGAUGGAUGGAUUUCAGGCAGACACGGAGGAAGAGGAUGAUGAUGAAUGCAUAAUUGUGGAUGUACAGCCAAACAAAGAGCCCUAGUCCAGACCUCUCCCUGGAAGCCAAGUUGACUCCACUGAGGCUGUCUCUUACUUCAGUCACAUCAUGAGAAGGCACAAUGCAUUAGAAAAAACAAUGAUGCUGAGUAAGGUAGAAGGCAGUAAAAAGGAAGGAAGACCACCGCAUGCCAGAUGGAUAGACUCAAACAGGGAGACCACAGGCCUGAGCCUACAAGACCUUGAGCAGAGAGAGAGAGAGGAUAGCAGGGCUUGGAACUGCCUCUUUCACAGGGUCGCCGUGUCAAAGUUGACUACAAGGCAGCUAACAACUAGAAAAAGUCCAACACUUAAAAAGAUUUCUUCAGAGAGAUUUUGUCAUUGGCAUCUUCAAAUGUUGAGUGUGUGUGACUUGCCAAAGGUCAGCCAAUGAGUUUCUGUGGCCAAGCAGAGAUUGCAACCUGGUCUCACUAUGUCCUCGACCAGCAAUUCGGACCACUACAGUAUACUGGCUCCUGAUUUUAUUAUCAUAUUUAGAUCCCACUUUUUCCUCUCAAUUGGGACUCAAGGUGCCUUUUGAAUGCAAGUGAGCAAUGGAGGAACUUCCUGACCUAGAGAAGGAGUUGCUAUUUCUCUUUCCAAAACUGGUCAAGCUUCAGUCAGAAAUAACCAAUGGAGCUAGUGGAAUAGGACAAGAAAAGCACAGAAAUUACACCAGUCCCAAUGUUAGCUUUGCAUUUGCACACAAAUGAGAAACUCACC